ACGGAAGAGAUGAAGGCGGGCAGGAAGAAUUUGAAGCGGGACGCGUUGCUGAACGGAGUUGAGGAGCCGACGGCGGGGCAUGUGUUGAUGCGCGUGGUAGGAUUGCGGGGCGGCAACAUCGUUGAGGCGGAGAACGCUGCGGAAAUCCAAGGCAAGAAGACGAGCAUCCAAGCUUCGAUAGUUCAUCCUAACCAAGGAUUCAAGUGACGGGUCCCUCUUUGCGUCUGCACCCUAAAUUUGCACUUUCACCCUAAAUUUCAUGAGGCACAUAGGAGCCUCAAUGGCAUGAAAGAGACCCAGAACAAAGAGCAAAUUAAUUUAAAACAUCAAAGAACGUAUUCAAACAAACAAAGACGAAGACGCUAUGGAGAAGCAGGAAGAAGUAGAGGCUGACGAACUGGGUUGGCAGGACAAGGUUCAUGUCAUGAGCGACGUGCAUGUUGGCUGCGUACCUAAGGUCACAUCGUGUAUGACCAUUUUCUGCAUUGCUCAACCCGUCUCAGCUCCCAGCGGUAGUGACAACUGCGCCAGAAAGCGAUGGGAUCCAGAAACUUGCUUCGAAGAACGAGAACUGAAGAAUGUCGAAUACGAGGGUGAUGGUUGUGUCGGCAAUAUUGGUGCACAUGAUGAUAACGGUGAUCUGAUUCUUCUAAGGCGACCCAAAAGGCACCGUCGCAUCCGGAGCAUUACGAGUCAAGAAGCAAUCACCAUUUAUCAUCAGCUGACCACACCUCUUCCUACCGUGGGCCUCCAGAUAUGGAGGGGAGCUUUGCUACUUGCAGACUUUAUUUUGGACACUCAACGAUCUUCGCAGCUAUUCCAUGAUGUAAAUGCUAUAGAACUUGGUGCAGGAACAGGGAUAACAGGGAUUGUGAUGGCCAAAACUGCUAAGAGAAUCUUCAUAACUGAUAGGGAUGCGGAUAUAUUAGACAAUUGUACACGCAAUGUACUGGCAAACUCCAGUUUAUGUCCUAAUGGUGAAGGGAGUGUGCAAGUCCGAAAGCUUGAUUGGCUUCAGCCUUGGCCACCCGUAGCUUCCUGCGAUAUUGAAGAUAGAGGCGAACAAGAAGUCGUAUGGGAUGAGACUGCUUACUUUUGGAGUGAUGAAGACUUGGAGGAUGCAAAAAGUGCUAGUGUGCUUCUCGCUGGGGAUGUGGUCUACAGCCCAGAACUCACAAAAGCAUUUUUUGAGAUUCUAGAUAAAAUUAUGGCUUUUGGUUCGAAAAAGACGUUGUUCUUGACUUUGGAAAAACGUUUCAACUUCAGCGUGGAUGAGCUCGAUGUUGUCGCUCAUGGCUACAAUCACUUUCGAUCUUAUUUCCAUAUCAGAGGGGCUUGCAAGGGGCUUACUUUGCAAGAUGCAUCUGUUCCCAACAAACCCCAGUGGAAGUUUGAAGGAAGGAAGAUUCCGACAGAGCAGGUGCAGAAAUACAUCGUUGAAUAUGAGAGAGGGAAGGAUUUAGAAUUGUGGGAGAUCACGAGGUGUCAAUGCCAGGAACAAUGUGAUAAAUCUUACUGAGGGCACCUACUUCGUUAGACGACCUCUGUGUGAGGCGGAUAGAAUAGUAGGUAGAAUUUGGUAUGUAAAUUCGUUCAAUAUCAAGGUUUUAUUAAUAUGUGAUGUGUGUGAUAUUAUUACAAUA